GAAUGCCUGCAGCGUCUCGGAAGACUCACCUGCAGAUCCCGAGCUCAGGCGAGCAGAGCCACUUUUGAUGAGAUUCUGGGAGGACCACACUGUCAAACAGGGGUAAACUCGAGGAGGCCAGAAUGCUCUGGGCAUGAUCUGUCUAGAGCAUCCAGUGACGAAAAACAAGAAGCCACCUUCACCAAGUCUGAGAAACAGAUCUUCUCUACACUGGAUCAGGAGAUAAGGACUCAGAGAGGGUAGAGAAGUGGCAUAAAGGUGUAGGGCAGGGGGCCGCUGGUGCAUGUGGGGGCAGUGCACAUCCCUUGCUGGAGAGUGGAAGCCCACCUCGCCCAUGCAGUCCCCUGCCCAACCCAGUCUCGCCACCCUCUGCAAUGGUGACAUGAGCAAAUGCAUUAAGGAGAAGCCCAAUUUUGACUUAUCUUUUUUGACUCCUUGGAAAAACCAUACAAUAUAUUUGUAAAUAGAAGACUGUGUCUAUCCUAAUUGGUGUGGUUGCAAGGUGAUGAUGCUGAUGUGUGGACGUGUAAGGCGGCUCUUCCGUCAGCUCACGCUGCAGACCAGCCUGCUGCUGCUCUUCCUUUUUUGCAUGGUCAGUGUCCUCAUCUCAGCCUAUUUCCUGUAUGGCGUCAAACGGGAGCUCGAACCAGCAGGAGUCGGAGGUAUGGUUGUCCCAGAAGAAGGUACUGCCGAUUGGGACGAUCCCCGAGCGACUCCUUCCCCUCCGUCUGCAAGGGUGCUGCCUGCCAGAACCGCCAAACCGGCAGACAUGUCUCGAACUGACCCUGUUGUACUGGUGUUCGUGGAGAGCUUGUAUUCUCAGUUGGGCCAGGACAUUGUGGCCAUCUUGGAAUCUGGGAGAUUUCGAUACCAGACUGAGAUCGCACCAGGGAAGGGCGAUAUGCCCACACUCACAGACAAGAACCGGGGUCGAUUCACACUGGUCAUCUAUGAGAACAUCCUCAAAUAUGUCAACCUGGAUGCCUGGAACAGAGAGUUGCUGGACAAAUACUGUGUGGAGUAUGGCGUUGGAAUCAUCGGCUUUUUCAAGGCUAAUGAGAACAGUUUGCAGAGUGCCCAGCUCAAGGGCUUUCCUCUCUUCCUGCACUCCAAUCUGGGUUUAAGGGACUGUAGCGUCAACCCCAAGUCUCCACUGCUGCUCAUAACCAAGGCCCGGGAAGUGGAACAUGGCCCCUUACCUGGAGAUGACUGGACUGUCUUCCAGUCUAACCAUACCACCUAUGAGCCUGUGCUGUUAGCUCGGGGACGGAGUACGGAGGCUAGUGGAGCGCCCGGACCCCUUCAUGCAGCCGUGGUUCAGGAUUUGGGUCUUCAUGAUGGCAUCCAGCGGGUACUCUUCGGCAACAACCUGAACUUUUGGCUGCACAAACUGGUGCUGGUGGACGCAGUGAGUUUCUUGACUGGCAAACGUCUCUCACUGGCUCUUGAGCGCUACAUACUGGUGGAUGUCGAUGACAUCUUUGUUGGGAAGGAGGGCACACGGAUGAAGGUUUCUGACGUCAAGGCACUUCUAGAGACGCAGAAUGAACUCCGAACCCACGUGCCCAAUUUUACUUUCAACUUGGGAUUCUCUGGAAAGUUCUUCCAUGCGGGCACAGAUGAGGAGGAUCUCGGAGAUGACCUGCUUCUGUCCUACAGUAAAGAGUUCUGGUGGUUUCCCCACAUGUGGAGUCACAUGCAGCCACACCUCUUCCACAACCAGUCUGUGCUGGCUGAACAAAUGCUGCUCAACCGCAAGUUCGCGGAGGAGCAUGGCAUUCCCACAAACAUGGGUUAUGCAGUGGCUCCCCAUCACUCUGGAGUGUAUCCCAUCCAUUUGCAGCUUUACGAGGCCUGGAAGAAAGUGUGGGGCAUCAAAGUGACCAGUACAGAGGAGUAUCCCCACCUCAAACCCGCACGCUUUCGCAGGGGCUUCGCACACAGUGGCAUCAGUGUGUUACCCAGGCAGACCUGUGGUCUCUUUACUCACACCAUCUUCUACAAUGAGUAUCCUGGAGGCUCUAAAGAGCUGGACAAACUCAUAAAUGGAGGAGAGCUUUUCCUCACUGUCCUCCUCAACCCAAUCAGCAUCUUCAUGACCCACCUGUCCAACUACGGGAAUGACCGUCUUGGCCUGUACACUUUUAAGAACUUGGUGAAGUUCAUACAGAUGUGGACCAACCUGAAACUGCAGACCCUCCCACCUGUACAGCUGGCACAGAGAUAUUUCCAAAUCUUCCCUGAAGAGAGGGACCCCAUCUGGCAGGACCCCUGUGAGGACAAAAGACAUAAAGACAUCUGGUCUAAGGAGAAGACCUGUGACCGUUUCCCCAAGCUGCUUAUCAUCGGACCUCAGAAGACUGGAACUACUGCUCUCUAUCUGUUUCUGGGCAUGCAUUCCGAUUUGACCAGUAACUACCCCAGCAAGGAGACCUUUGAAGAAAUCCAGUUCUUCAACGGCCGAAACUACCACAAAGGCAUUGACUGGUACAUGGAGUAUUUCCCUCUACCCUCCAACACUAGCUCAGAUUUCUACUUCGAGAAAAGUGCCAACUACUUCGACUCUGAGGUUGCGGCCCGGCGAGCAGCUGCUCUUCUGCCCAAAGCCAAAAUCAUCACCAUUCUUAUCAACCCAGCUGACAGAGCCUAUUCCUGGUAUCAGCACCAGAGGGCCCAUGAUGAUCCUGUGGCUCAGAAAUACACAUUCCAUGAUGUCAUCACUGCUGGCCGGGACGCGCCCAUCAAACUGAGGGUCCUGCAGAGCCGAUGUCUGUUGCCCGGUCUUUACGCCACACACCUUCAGCGUUGGCUCACACACUAUCACCCCAGUCAGAUCCUGGUCCUGGAUGGACAGAUGCUGAGGACAGAACCAGCUUCAGUGAUGGACAAAAUCCAGAAGUUUCUAGGCCUGACAAACACGCUCAACUACCACAAGAUCCUUGCGUUCGACCCGAAGAAGGGCUUCUGGUGUCAGCUGCUAGAUGGAGGGAAGACCAAAUGCCUGGGGAAGAGUAAGGGCAGAAGAUAUCCUGACAUGGACAUUGAUUCCCGGACCUUCCUGAGAGAGUAUUACCAUGAGCACAACAUUGAGCUCUCCAAGCUGCUGUACAAAAUGGGCCAGCCGUUGCCUAGCUGGCUGAGGGAGGAGCUACUCCACAGCAGGUAACCUGAGGAGGGGGGUGGGGACACACUGGUCAGACUCGGACACCCCUCCUUCUGCUCUUAAGGGGACUCGCCCUCUUGUCCACCCCUGUCAGCCGCCGGCCACGGUCGGUCAAGUCUUCUUC